AUGCAAGCUAUUAUCAAGGUAGAUCCUGUCGAACGCCUUCAAGCCGAGCAUAGAAUAUGGAAAAUUUCUCAUCCAAAGGAUUUCGAAGCCGAUCCUAUGAUUGCUAGCGAUGGCAGUGAAGACUGGCUUACGUGGCUGUGUGUUAUCCCGGGACCAACCAAGACUUGUUGGGAAAAUGGCCGCUUUAGAUUAAUGAUUUACUAUCCUAAGGAUUAUCCGGAUAAACCACCAAAAUGUCAAUUUCAGCCUCCACUGUUUCAUCCUAACAUAUUCCUUUCCGGAACUGUAGCACUAUCAAUCUUGGAAGAAGACUGGAAACCAACGCUGACUAUCAAGGAUGUAAUGCCUAAAAUUUGUCAUGAAAUAUUCAAUUAUAAAUCAUGUGCUUUAUUUUGUAAUAGCCCAUCUUCGAUAAUUGAAGUAAUUCUACCUGGGAUUCAGAUGUUACUGAAAGAACCCAAUAUGAACAACCCUGCCCAUGCUAUGGCUUACACACUGCACAAGACUUCUCUCUUUGAAUAUAACAAUCGAAUUCGGCAGCAGGUAGCGAAAAGUAUCCAAAAUAAUUCGUGGCGGUACUAA